UAAAUAACACGCAUUCGUCAAUAGUGGCUGAGUCUCCUGUGUAACAGACCGAGAGUAUCAUCUGAGAGCGGCGGCAAUAUCAAAUAUUCAGAACCAACUAUGAGUGAUGCUAAUAUGACCGUAGAUUGUUUUGUACCUGACCCCGAUAAGGAACUGGAAGAUAAAUUGAGACGUUUGACAAUGGUGAAGCACCCCAGCCUAUGUGCUACUGACCCAGAGCCGGAGGAAUCUAAGUUACAGCUGCUUGGACAUCAGUUAACUCUGGAGAACGGAGUGGUCAAAGCUGCCAAAUCAGGCAGAGCAACUGGAAAAAGCGAAGAUGAUGUUGCUGAAGAAAUAUCUCAUUACUUCGAAAAAAUCCUCGUUGGUUUAGGCGAGGAUCCAUCGAGACAAGGCCUUCUUCGAACACCCGUACGAGCAGCUAAGGCAUUGAUGUUUUUCACCAAAGGCUACAAUGAAAGCAUCUCAGAGGUGUUAAAUGAUGCUGUUUUUGAUGAGGAUCAUGAUGAAAUGGUGAUAGUGAAAGAUAUUGAAAUGUUCUCAUUAUGUGAGCAUCAUCUGGUACCAUUCAUGGGCAAGGUUUCAAUAGGUUAUCUACCAAACAAGAGAAUUCUAGGACUCAGUAAAUUAGCCAGAAUUGUAGAAGUUUUCAGCCGUCGCCUCCAAGUGCAAGAGCGGCUGACCAAACAGAUAGCAGUUGCCAUAACAGAAGCCAUCCAUCCCUCCGGAGUAGCAGUAGUUAUAGAGGCCACUCCUCUUUAUGAUGUAACCCAGUCCAGCCACAUGUGUAUGGUGAUGCGUGGUGUGCAGAAACUCAACAGCAAGACAGUGACAAGUACCAUGCUUGGAGUAUUUCGGGAAGAUCCUAAAACACGAGAAGAGUUCCUCUCACUUAUACACCGAAUCUGAUUGGCCGGUACCUCCAUAGCCUGCCUGUGAUUGGUAUUUACAUAUAAGUAACAGUGAAAUGAGAAAGCAAACAUUCAUUAAAUAUUUUUAUGGAUUACAUUUUGUAUCCCAUAUAAGAUAUACUAAAGAUCAUGCAUGUGUAUGUGAUUUGGUUUUGGACCGUCUGUAUUGGGGUUAAUUGUCAUUCUUGUGUUGUCUUUAAGCAUUUAGUCCAGAGGUGAAAGGACAACAUAGGUACUUCUUUCUACUUGGAAAACUGAUGAUGAUGAUGGUCAAGUCAUUAUUAUGGUUGAGCGGAAAAUGUGAACUAUCUAGUUUGAUGAGCUCCUGACUUUAGAUUGGAUAGUCUGGUGAUAAUGACUCUGUGCUUUGCAGCAUUUAUAGAUGCCAAGUGAUUAUAUGUAUGAAUACAUGCUUGCACAUGGGUGUUGGUGAAGCAUACUAUGUUAUAUCUGAGUAUAUACUGAUAGAAAAACAGAUCAGGAAUAUAUUCGGGGUUGUUUUUAUGAAACUGUCUGUUAUGUCAUCACUAUCAAAAUGUCACUAAAAAUAUUCAUGUUCCAGCAAUUUAUAUUCAGUAUGUAGUUUUGUUAUAUUUGUCAAGAUAUACAUUAUCAAACCAGAAGCCGAAGAUGUUCAUAUCUCAACUGACUUAAAGACAGUGUGUCUGAAAAACAUAAACUUAUAUUAGUUUUGUGUGAAAUUGUAUUGAAAAUACAUGGUAAAGUGAACCUAUGAGAGAAUUUACAAAUGGUUUAAAUGAAAGUCAUCAAAACUGAUUUAUAUUUGGGACUCUGAUUUAUAUUGAGUCACCAUCAGCCAUAUGGGAAACCUUUUCAGGGCACACGCAUGUAUGUUCCAUUUGACUCACUGACUGAUUUAAUCUUCAAGUUUUUAUUGUAUUGUCCUUUAGUGUCAGGAGUAUUUAUGCAGAGAAUAUUUGAAUACCUUUGCUGAUGGCAGGGUGUUUGAUGGGUGUCUUUACAUAUUAACAUACGUACAUAACAAAUUGAUGACUUUUUUUUGUAUAUUUAAACAGCUGUUGCAGAAUGUUUUAUUUAUUUUUCUGUAACAAAAUGACAACUAUAUGUCCUAUAUUCUUCAGUUUCUUUGAAUUUUGAAACAGAAAUAUACAGAUUUUGUUCAUUACCUUGAGAUACACAAAUAUCAGUCAUCUCUAUCCAUGAAUGUAAUAUAAAGCUUGUACUUUGGAUCAACAGAAAGUUUGCUUUUUCUUGAUGAAUUUCUAACUUGGACCCUUGGUCUUUAUCAGUGUGGCUUACUUUGAAAUAUUGGCGUUAAUCAACUUGGGCCAACUUGCUCAGUGAUUUGUAUGAAUCAUAUUACAAAAUUAUUAAUCCUUAUUUCAACCUUCUGGUAUCAUAAGCUUAAAAUUUGUCACUUUGUACUGACAGUUGAUAGAUACAUGAUGACUGCUGUGAAUGCUUUGCUAUGAGGGCAGUCACAAUACUGCCCAAGGUUUUGUUGCAAUUUACAUAGAUAUUUAUACAUAUUUGUUGGCCCUCAUUUCCUUCAUGAUUGAGUGCAAGUCUAUUGACAUCACAGGGCUCCAGAUAAUCAUUUUGACUCGCGGAUAUUUCACUCCUCAAAAUUACAAUUGAGGAGUAAAAUACCAAAUGAAAAUAAAAGGUGUAUUUCAGGUUGCAUGGUUAAGAAAAUGUUGGAGUUUGGUAUGUUUAUGUCUACAGAACGUGGCUCCUCGUAAAACAACUUCGAUCUUGCUAAACUUUUCAUAGAUCAUUUGAUAGCUUCGACAUGGGGCUCUAAUGAACAAUGCUGCUCAAUUUCUGUACAAUUGUAGUUCCUUCGCUAACUCACAGUUUUCAUUUUAAACUGCUCACAAAUCAAACAUUUCAGUCUAACAACAUCUUCUUGCUCCACAUGCAACCAUGGGAAAUUUGACUUCCAACCAGAAAUCGUUUUGUCAGUGACAUUCCCUUCGUGUUUCUUCUUAAUACAGAUUUUAGCUACAUUGUCAGUUAAAUUGUUGAUAAUAUCAGACACUAACUUUUCCUUGCUAAAUGAAACAGUUUUCAUUUUAUAAACUCUUUCUUUAGGUUAGCCAUUCUUACUGCAGACAACAGGAAUUAAAUGACAUUGCACACUGAGCUAUUGCCCAUAAAUGUUUUCCUAUGCUGGUUUAGGGCCAUCACGUAAUCUAAAGUAGCCUUCAAGCUGUAUUAUUACUGCUACAGACCAGAAACGUUGUGAUAGUAACGCUGUCUAAGGGCUAGCUUUUAAACAAAUCGUGCCCGAACAUGGAUUAGAAAUAUUAACGGCGCUAAUUCAGAAAAACUUGACAAUCUUCGCUUCAAUACAGACAACCAUCAGUAUUCGAGAUCUUAGGAAACAAUAUUUUGACAGGUUUGGUUCACGCAUGUAAACAAAAUCUGACCCGUAUUCUGAGAAAGUUAUGUGUAUCUUUCACUCAUUGAUUUGACUUUUUAUGUGUAUAUAUCUGAAUUAUCCAUGUGUAUUUUACGCAGAGACACAUCUUAUCUGGAGCCCUGCAUCAAUCAAGUAGGCAUGUACCAAGUCACCUUUUAGGCCAUGGUCAUUUUACAUAGUUCAAGACUUGGUGAUCUUGAUGAUUCUAGUUUUAGAAUAUAUUUCUAUUUUAUGUAUAAUGUUACCUGUGAUCUAUAUAGCCUCUUGGCUGAUUUGUUUUCUGCAGGUUCAUGUUGGAUAGGUACACACCAGUGGUUUGACCAGAAUUGAUCAGAAUGAUCAUAUUCAGUUUUAGCGAGAGAGAGAGUGUGUGUUCCUAUUGAAUUGUUACAAGUCUUUCACAAUUCACAUUUUAACCCCUGAGGUUUUAGUUCACAUUUUCCGUUAUAUAUAGUUGUUUUUCUUCAUAUAGUUGAACUCAUUAUUGUACAUAUAUAUUUAUGUGUCAAAAUAAUAUAUCAGUUACAGAAGAGAUAAUCUAUUGAUAAUGAUUCAAGAAAUGUGGAGGACCAGUGGUAUCUGCGUGGAAGCUGUGGACCAGCUCUAUCUACACUAGUCAAACAUUCUCAGAAUAAAUAGUUUGAAAAAC